GCAUGUGAGAAGCAUAUUUUUUGCAUGUGAGAAGUACAUGCUAUUAAAACAUGUGUUUCUCACGUGCCAAAAGAUAUGUUAAUCUUAUGUAUAGGUCGUAGAAAAUUUCUUACAAACUGAUUGAUAGGAAAUAUCUAUCCGAUAGCGAAUGGGGAGCAAUUUUUAACAAUCCACCCUGAACACCCUUAGCCAAUGGGGUAAACCAGCGCAUCAAACAAAGCCCAAGAGUCAACUGUUCAAGAACCAAAUAGUCGGUAAUUCUCUCGCUCUCUCUCUCUCUCUCUCUCUCUCUCUCUCUCUCUCUCUUUCCGCACAACGGCGAAGCACAUUCAAGAAUCGGGAGAAAAGCCCAAGAAAAAUGGUGGUGGGAAGAAGUGCAACACCGAUAGAGUCCUCCCCAUGCAAACCAAGCAUCAACUCCAUGGCUCUCUCUCGGUACAACCAGAGUAAUUCCCAGUUAACAAUUGCUCCGCCUUCGGAUUCCUCCGAAGGCUGUCCAGCGUGGACCAUGAGCUCUCUUAUGGCCGUUUUGCCAGAAUCUCCAUCACCCACUUGCAGCGGUUCCUCCUCCAGCCCUCGAGAAUCUACAAAACCAGAAAUAUUACACUCUCAAGUACUCCCCAUUGAGUUUUCCACUGCAAGAAACCAGAGUUCCUCCAUUGAUACCAAGAGACACACUUCUAGUACUGAAGUAGAAAAAUGGAUGGAGAAUGCCAAAACAUUUUGCCAUUUUCCCCACCCCUACUUGCAGAUCAACAACCAUUCAAACGCUCCUGAUAAUGAAGUUUCGAGCCUGACAUCAUCUUCAAUUGAACGGAGCCGUCUAUCAUGCGCCAAUACCACAUACGGCGCCUCCGAAGCCGAAAGCCUCGACAAUGAACGCCACAAAUUGCUGAGCCGCCAUAAAUCUUACCAUGCUUUUUUGGAUGAAGUCAAGAGGCAGGAGCUUGACGCCGAGAUUGAUGCAUGGAAGAAAGCUAAAUAUCUUAAACUCGUUCACAAACUGGAAAGGAAAGAAGCUGCUAUAAAUGAAUGGGAGUUGAAGAAUGCCAAGAAGGCCAUGGAUGAGAUGAAGAAAUAUGAGAGCAAGCUGGAGAGAGAACGCUUGCGGGCAUUGGAGAAGACAAACAAGAGAAUAAGCAUGGUCAAAGAGGAGGCAAACAGGAAGAAAUCAAAGGCAAGACGAUCAACAAUUGAGGAGAUAUCAGCAGUUUCAAGAUUAUCUGGGAGGAUCCAAGCCACCAAAAGUUUUCUAUUGCUCAAGCUUACGAAGAAAAUAACAACAAACACUUGAUUCACAUUUUUUUUUCUGUACCUCCUGCUCCAAUUGACAAAAGGGUUACAAGGGUAAAUCUUUCUCGCUUCUUAUCUUAAUGGAAUAGUUUUUUUCUUUUUUUA